UGCGUUCUGGGAGAGGGGAAGGGGUUGCUGCGAUCGGAGAGUGCGUUGGGCCGGAGGAUCGUGGUCGUUCCUCCGGCGGGGUUUCGUGGUGGAAACGGUUGAUCUGAUCCUGAAGUUGGUGCGGGUUGAUUUGUUGAGGCCGAUGCCGAUCGCGCUGGAGAAUGGCAACGGCAUCGGAGAGUCGGGGUUCGCCCGGGGGAUCGCGGCUUGUUGCUCGAACCAUGCGGAGGUUGCGUUGAAGGGGAAGGUUCGGGAGGACUCUUGCAGCUCGUCGUCGAUCGGGAGGAACAGCAGCGACGUCUCCAGCGGUGGUGAGGGGUCGGACGGCGAUGAGGAGUCGGGGGAGACGGAGGUGCAGAGCAGGUUGAAGGACCCCCUGGAGACCAUGGACGCCCUCGAGGAUACGCUGCCGAUUAGGCGUGGCAUCUCUAAGUUCUACUCUGGGAAAUCCAAAUCUUUCUCGAUCCUUUCAGAUGCUGUAGCUUUGUCAUCUGCUCAGGACCUUGCUAAACAAGAAAAUGCCUACACCCGUAAGCGGAAGAAUCUUCUUGCCCACAGCAUCAUGUCAGACAAAUUUAGGAAUAAGAAGCAGACAACCCUUGAAGGUGUGAUUUCAGAGAAACCUGCCAAUUCAAGCCAAAGUAAGUUUAUUUCUUCUGUAAUCAAUAGUAGCUCUGGAAGCAACAGCACAGGCAGCAAUAACCAGCAUGGACGAGCUCAACAUCUCCCUCCCCGGCACCCACAGGGAAAUUCUGUUCUCACCAUCCCUGCUGCUUCUCCAGUCGGUUCCGCCUCACAUGAAAAGUUCUCUCUUUCAAAGAGAUCUUUCUCGUUAACAUGUUUUCAAUGUCUGGCUAAUUGAACGUCUUUAAGUUAAUUAAGAUAGUAGUAGUAAGGAUAAGAAGCACUGACCUCUUGUUUUGUACUGGUUUAAAUGGACUGGUUAUGGAAACCGAGUUGAUAAAAUUAGGAUGUCUGGUGGUUAUAUAGGCUAUGUUAUACUCAUUUUGUCUUUUUUGAGAUUAGUAGAUUUAGUAAUAGUAGUCCUACCAGGCAUUUAUGUUA